CACAAGAGAGAGGAGAAAACCAAAGCAAGCGCACCGUUGCUUUCGACGUGCAAAAGCAAAGUUGCGUUUCUCGAGACAAAUGAGCGACUUCCGCGCAUGCGCUGUACAAGACUCCCUCAUGAGCCUAAACAUCAUUACAUGUUUGGUUGGCGCGGGGGGAGGAGCGUUUGGUCUGAAGCAUUUAAAGGGAGCGUUUGGUGUCCGUCGACUCGACAGGUGGACGUGGCCGUGCUGAUUCCCUCCCGAGUCGAAAAGGGUUCGAUUGUUAGUAGAAAGAAAAGGAUCUCAAGGAUGGAACUCAACCCGUGCGAAGUGUGCCAGGUGCCUGCGAAGCAGUCCUGCUCGUCCUGCCACGCUUCCUUCUACUGUUCCAAGGAGUGCCAGAAAAAGGCUUGGAAGCUUCACAAGGCUUCCUGUAUCCCCUAUGUCAUUGAAGUUCAUCCUGUGUAUGGGAGGUACUGUGUGGCCACUCGUGACAUAAAACCCGGCGAAGUCAUCAUGAGAGAAGUCCCUGUAGCCGUAGGACCAAAAAAUAUGUCGGUUCCCCUGUGCUUGGGGUGCCACAGGACGGUCACUGGCGCCUACUCUUGUUCCAAAUGUAACUUCCCGCUCUGCUCGACAAGCUGCGAAAGUUCCGUCUUCCAUGAGACAGAGUGCAAGGUGCUUUCGAAAGCAAAGAAGCUGACUUAUAUAAUGGACGUCACGCAACCUGACCCUGCCUACGAAUGCAUACUCCCCCUAAGAUGCCUUUUGACGAAAUAUACUGAUCCUAAAAAGUGGAAGGUGAUCAGUGGCCUACAAGACAGCAUGGAAUUCAUGACUGCAGAUUGGAAGCGAAGAGUCGAAUUGAACAUUAUCAGUUAUCUGAAGAACUGCAUGAGCUUUAAAGGCGUAGAAUCAGCUGAGAUCUACAGGAUUUGUGGCAUCCUGACUACGAAUAGCUUUGAAACGAAUCACAAUGGGCAGUCCGUCGAGGGGGUGUUCCCCAAGGUAGCCAUGAUGGCCCAUGACUGUUCUCCAAACACCGAGAACAUCUUUGACAGGACCAUGCGAGCCACUGUUCGGAGUACUGUGUUCAUACCCAAGGGAGCCUCCAUCACGACAACGUAUACCAACCUCGUUAUAAACACAUUGGGGAGGAGAAGGAGCCUGUUGAAAUCCAAGUUCUUCGAAUGCACCUGCCGGCGUUGUUCUGAUCCCACGGAGCUGGGCUCCCACUACAGUACGCUCCUCUGCAGCCAGUGCGGUGGAAAUGUCCUGUCCAGCGACCCCAUGAAUUUCGACGCCGUCUGGGCCUGUCAGGACUGCGGUAGCACCGUCACGGGCAAAGAGGUUGAACAGACCAAUGAAACGCUCGUCAGGAUGUUCCACGAAAGGGACCGGAGUCAAAUCCGGCCCCUGGAGAACCUCAUUGAGCUCUGCAGCCGGAGGGUCCAUCCCAGCCACCAGGUGCCCUUGGAGGCGAAAUUCGCCUGGAUCAAGUUUUGCGGCAACCAUCCUCAGUACAGAUACAAAGAUAUUUCGAAAGAUCUGCUGCUAAGAAAAGUAUCCUAUUGCAAGGACCUGCUGCAGAUGGCCGACGCCGUAUUCCCUGGAAGAAGCCAGUACAGAGGAUUCUUUCUUUACGAGCUUUUUGCUACUCAGAAGACCCUGGGGAAGAGACUGCGUGACUUUGGAGAGACUAAUAACAAAUCUGCCCAGGAUUACUUAAACGAGGCAGAGAACAUCCUACAGGAGGUGAGGGAGAUCUUCUGCUACGAGAGUGAAAUGGAGGACAGAGGCCUCGAAGGAAAACUCGAAAUCCUGUCAAAGGAACUGGACUCCCUUCCUUGGAGAAUGGAAACCAAGAUCUGCGAAGUGUGCCAGGCGCCAGCAACUCAGUCCUGCUCUUCCUGCCACGCCUCCUUCUAUUGCUCCAGGGAAUGCCAGAGGAAGGACUGGAAAAACCACAAGGGUUCUUGCAUUCCUUACACCAUUGAAUUCAGUCCAGUUUAUGGGAGGUAUCCCAGAGCAGCCCGAGACAUAGAAGCAGGGGAAAUUAUAAUGAGAGACACCGCCCUUGCCCUAGGACCCCGGAACCCCCUGAAGUCCCUCUGCUUGGGGUGCCACAAGGCGGCCUCUGGGGCCCACGUGUGUUCCAAGUGCCUCUUUCCUCAGUGCUCAGCGACGUGCGAGAAUUCGGCCUCCCACGAGCAACAUGGAAGUGCCCCGUCACCUGUAGACCGUUCUGAGGGGAUUGUUGGUCUUCCAACCUCUUCUCCCUCCCCAGUGCCUCCGGUGGAAGAUAGACCUCCGAGGCAGAACUGUCUGGUGCUUUCCAAACUGGGCGGCACCUGUCACGUAGGAACCACGAACGACGUCUGCGAGUUCAUCCUGCCCCUUCGCUGCCUUCUCACCAAGUACACGGCCCCUAAGAAGUGGAAGGCUCUCAAUGCACUGCAAGAUAAUCUUGGCUCGGUGACGGAUGAGUGGAAACUGAAAGUCCGCCAUAACAUCAUAAAUUACUUGAAUCAAGUCAUUACCUUCAAAGAAAUAGAAGCCUCCGAUAUCUAUAAAAUCUGCGGCAUUAUACAAACGAACGCCUUUGAGAUGAAACUGAACGGCGAAUCUAUUCAGGGGGUGUUCCCCAGGAUGUCCAUGCUGGCGCACGACUGUUGUCCCAACACUAGGAGCGUGUAUACGGGUGGCAUGAAAGCCAUCGUCAAAAGCACGGUGCCCAUAGCGAAGGGCGCCCCAAUCACAGCGACUUAUACGAAUGACCUCUGGAAUACAAUCAGAAGGCGUCAAGACCUCUUAAUAUCUAAGUUCUUUGAAUGCAAUUGCCUGCGAUGCUCCGAUGCAACAGAGUUCGGGGCUAACCUGAGCACCCUGUUGUGCAGCCAGUGUGGUGGACACGUUCUCUCGACAGCUCCUCUCAGCAGUGAUGCUGUCUGGCGUUGCCAGGACUGCCACUUCACCAUCGCUAGCAAAGACGUUAAAAAGAGCCAUGACAUCCUAUCAAAAGCUUUUCAAGAGAGGGACAAGAGCAAGAUAGAGCCCUUGGAGGAGCUGAUAGACCUCUGUAGUGGGAGGCUUCAUAGCAAUCACCAAAUUCCUCUUGAGGCUAAAUUAGCUUGGAUCAAGUUCUGUGGAAACCAUCCUGAUUAUAGAUACAGAGAUCUCUCGAAAAUCCAACUCCAGACGAAAAUUUCCUUCUGUCGGGAUCUUCUGAAGGUGGCAGAUGUAAUAUCCCCCGGCAAGAGUAAUUUCAGAGGGCAUAUCCUGUUCGAACUCCACGCCACUCUGAAAACUAUGGCUAGAAAGCUUCAAUCUUUUGGAGACCUCAACAAUGAAAAAACUGAUAUCUACUACGACGAAGCUGAGGACAAACUACGGGAGUCCAGGAGCAUCUUCUGCUCGGAGAACGAGAUGAAAGGCAGUGGAAUCGAGGAGAAACUUGCGCUCCUGACGAAGGAUCUGAAAGGGAUAUGCUAACUGACCUCGGACAACCCUUCCAGUUAUUGCAAAGGAAAGAUAUCUCUCUCUCUCUCUCUCUCUCUCUCUCUCUCUCUCUCUCUCUCUCAUCUCUCGUAAAGGCUAUGUAGAAGGCAAAUAGGAAAAAUGAGAAAGGUGCUGGGUUCUCAAUGUAUCUUUCUAGACGUCUGUCUCUUUUACCAGUAUAUAAUGGAAGAGGGCAAGAUAGGAUGAUUAAGUGGAAGGGAAGGAAUGCUGGAAUAUUCUCUCACUUUCUCUAUCUUGAGAGAGAGAGAGAGAGAGAGAGAGAGAGAGAGAGAGAGAGAGAGAGAGAGAGACGAUAGUACUGAAAAGAACAGAGACGGGAAACGGAAAGGUAAGGGAAGGGAUAAAAUGGUAUUGUGUUUGGAAUGAGAGAGAGAGAGAGAGAGAGAGAGAGAGAGAGAGAGAGAGAGAGAGAGAGAGAGAGAGAUUUCGAACCUGGCCAAAUGAGUGAAAAUGCUUAUAGUUAAAGAAGUCGACGACGUAUUUUUGUAAUGGGUUUUUAUCAGGGGCUCUGUAUUUCACUUGUCAGUCGCAAACCAUUGUGAAUUUUGCUUUCAUUAUGAGUCGUGUACCUCAAACUGUAACCUUCCGCGCAGUUAAACAACGAAAUCACUCCAGUCCCCAUUUAUUACUUCCAAGAUGGUGGCUCGAUAUUAAUAGUAGUAUUAAUAGCAGUAAUAGAAGUAUUAGUAGCAGUAGUAUUACUAGUACGAAGAGAUGCUGGUAGUAGUCACUAGCAAUGAUUCACCACAAUUUCUGAUCAGGAAAAUAUAACAUCAAGGAAAUCAAGGCUCAUAAAUUUUUCUUAAAUCAUUUAUUAACAGACAUAGGUGAAUAUCUGAAUCCUUAUGUUUAUGCGAGUGAUAAAGUUUCAUGUUGGAAAUGUUGGCAUUAGUUUGUUAGAUAAAGGUUUCAACCAUGUCUAGGAUAAUUUUACUUGAAAAAUUUGAAUUUGAUUGAUUUAAUCAAGGUAAUGACGUCAGUACAUAUAUAGUAGGUUAGAUUGCAGCGCCUCAUAACAGGUUAGAUUAUGGAUUCCAUGUGGCUGGUUAUAGUAUAAUGAUGUACCUAUAAACAGGAUAUGUUGUGACACCCAUGUGACAGGUAAAUCACUUUAAUCUCUUGAAAGGCUCAAUUAUGCACUCAAGAUGUUAUAUAAUAGUGCUCUGUAUAGGUUAAGGUAUGUAACCAUAUGACGGGUUACAUUGUAGUACCUCUCUACAGGUUAGGUUAUGUAACCAUAUGACAUCGUGCCCCACUGCAAUUAACAUUGCUGCAACUUUGGAUUUUGUUCUCUGGAAUCGUCAGGAUAUUUUGGAAAAUUUUGUAGAGUUUAUUUUCACUUUUCUUCUUCAUUUGUUCUGCUCGUCUUAAGGCCAUACCAUUUUACAUAGAGAUACCUUCUUGAUACCUUCUUACAUUUGAGUCGGAUUUGAUUUCUGUAUGAGUUUAAAGUUAAUCGUGAGGUUCUAUAGUGAAAAUGAUAAUUGCAGCUACGGAGUUAAUCAUCUUGUAUUCACUGUUAAAAAAAUCUUAGAGGGACCUUUCGUAAACAGUGACCCUAAGGGUUUUCGGGAGUUCGAUAUCUAGGACUAAAUAUUUGGUAGGGGUA